AUGGCUUCAAGUAUAUCUAGCAUGAACACUGCUCAUAACCAGGUUUAUCUCUCAACCAUAUCUCCUCAACAAGCUUUCACAGACUUUUCCUUGGAGAGGCCAGAGUCUUUCAAGCCACCGAGUGACAUUAAAAAAUCAGAUAACAAAAGGAAAAGAGGAAGUGACCCUUCUGUAUCAGCUGUGAUAGAACCUUCUGCAGAUACAACUUCAAUCGACGAAGAUGAUGUGAGAAAGAAGCUUUCUGCUCAUUUCAUGCUUCUUCGUGACAUUAAGGAGAAUCAGAGAUUAAGGGCUGAGCUAGAUGGCACUACUUCAUCCAUACAACUAUAUGAAGAGUAUAAGCAGCAAAAGAAAAAGGCUAAAAAGCCGAAAACGAAGAAAAGUAGAACUUUGUUGACUGUCAAGUAA